AUGACUGCUGUCAUAAUUCCACACCCGCUCCCCUUGGGGGGCUCCUCCACUCCCCCGCCCUCUCUGGCUCCGGCCUUGACAACCCACCGAUCAAGUCCCAUCCCCAACAAACAUUUGCCUGUGUGCCCCACAGGUCCAUCCACCGAGUUCGUCCGCCCAGAGUCACCAGUGCUGCGAUCCGACCAUGAUCAGGUGGUCUCCCUGCUUUACCCCCCUUUCCGCUAUCAGACAAUCUCCCAUCCACCGGGCACCAGAGUGUUUGGCAUCGAUGCACGCGCAUUGACUGAUGCUUUGGAGCAUCACGCGUCGCAGCCUUUGCCCGAUCCGACCGAGAUGUUCCCGUGGCUCCACGGGCUCAAUCCCGACAAUCACUUACAAUUGGGAUUCUUCUCCAGUCGCAAACGCACUCAGCGCAAACCUCCACAUGCCUGGCGCGGCAUCACAAUCGUCAAGCUGGGUGGAGACCUCUCCAAGGCUCGCAUCAAGGGCGCCGUGGCUCCACAUGAGGUGGUUUCGGCAAGUUCACGCUUCUUGAUGGCCGAUCCACCGCAGGGCUUCUCCGUGCGGAACUUUCAGAUUCAAACUGCCAAGUUAGCAGCGCUAUCUGAUAUUGUCAUCUAUGGCGAGGAUAACGUCAAUCGCUCUGACUUGCUGGCCCUCGCGGAAGAAUUUACCUGUGCACAAGCGGCCUGGCGACUCAAGUAUGACCCGAUGCACGAACGAAAGGCAUACAACACUUUUGUCCUCACGAGCAGCUUUUCUGAAUUUGAGAAGAAAUACCCAUCUUGGGUUUUUGCCGAUUCCAAGGGCCACCUCAACAGCCAGGCCAUGGACUUUGUUCAAUCCGAAAGACAAGAGAUGUGCGAAAUGUCUGCGGCUUCGGAAAUAUCCGAGAAUAUUUGGUUAGGGCCGACGCCCGAUUACAUUUUGAGACCAGGCGAAUGCCCCCCGCCAGAACAGAGUCAGUUUGACCUGUUCAUCGAAGCAAGUGAUCUUGCGAGCAUACCGGGCCCUCGCUACCUCGCUACCAUUGAUCAAAAGCUGGAGUCGGAGCCACAAUACAUUGAGUUCCCAUCCGCCGGAUCAAUAACACUUCCGUCUGGAAAUACUCGUGAAAUCGAAGACCUGGUCAACACCCUUCGUUGGAUGUAUUACCUCGCUCAUCCUGAGCCGACUGAGGUUGCAGAUAGCGAAGGCGAUAUCUCAAUGCGACAGAGCAAGAAGCCUUGUCGGGUAUUGAUACACUGCGCCGAUGGUUAUACCGAGAUGUCGGUACUUGCAAUCGCGUACUAUGUAUUUGCCGAAGGUGUCCCCGUGCAUGACGCGUGGCUCAAACUACAUUGUGAGAAGAAGCGAAACUUUUUCGCAUACCCAACCGACGUUUCCUUCCUGCGUCACAUCCAGACGCGUCUUCUGCAGGAAAGCCCCGUGAGAGGUUUGGGCCAGUCGACAGAUGUGACUGAUGUCUGCGAUCCAAACUGGUUCUUGAAGAUGGACGGCUCAUUGCCGAGUCGAAUCUUGCCGUACAUGUAUUUGGGAAAUCUAAACCACGCCAAUAAUCCUGAACUCUUGUGGGAAUUAGGAAUCCGACGAGUCUUGAGUAUCGGCGAAAGCGUUUCCUGGACCCCAGCGGAACGCGAAGCGUGGGGUAACAAAAAUCUAAUGUACAUUGAUGGCGUGCAAGAUAAUGGUAUCGAUCCAUUGUGCCAAGAGUACGCAAAGUGUUUGAAGUUUAUUGAGGAUGGAAAGAACGAUGGUACUGCGACCUUCGUCCACUGCCGUGUCGGCGUUUCUCGUUCUGCCAGUAUUUGCAUCGCAGAGGUCAUGGCUACAAAGGGACUUGACUUCCCCAGUGCCUAUUGCUUUGUUCGUGCUAGACGUCUGAAUGUUAUUAUUCAACCUCAUCUGCGCUUUGUCUACGAACUUCUCCAAUGGGAAGAACAUCAAAAUAAACAACGCAAGCAAUUUUCCAAGCAUCGAGCCGUAGAGUGGGCCUCUGUCUGCCGUGAAAUUGCACUCCUGAACAAGCCCUACUCUCGGCACUAG